GAAAAGUAACAAUGGUGGAGUCGUCGUCGUUAAUACCGGGCUUGGUGGACGACUUAGCAGAGCUGUGCCUCUCGAGAAUCCCGCGCUCUAGCUUUCAGAUCAUUUCUCAGGUGUGCUGGCGAUGGAGAAGAUUCCUCAGGAGCGAGCGUUACGGAGCCGUUCGAAAGUUGACGGGAUCGGUGGAGGAGUUAAUGUGUCUUCUAGUGUAUGACAAGUACUGGGAAGUUUUCGACGGCUCCGGUAACAAACUUGGUCGGAUCCCUCACAUCCCUGGGCCUUUGAAGGGCGGUUUCGGCCUUGUGGUGCUCGAUGGCGGAAAGAUCGUGUUCAUCGGUGGAAGAUAUAAUUGCGUUGCUUCGGCGGAUGUUUACGAGUUCAAUCCUGCUACUAACAGGUGGAGAAAACUGGCAGACAUGAACAUACCACGUCACAACUUUACAUAUGCUGUAGUGGACGGCCUUUUGUAUGUGAUCCGAGGUCUUUCCUCAGAUAAUGUUAGCAUUCUCAAUGCUGAAACUAACCAAUGGAGCCUCAUUGAUUGUCCACACAGCCACAGCUUUAGUGGCUUCGCAUUCUCCUUCAAUUCCAAACUCUUCGUUGUAGGCAAUAGAUGGAGGUUCAUAGACAUAUAUGACCCCAAGACGGAGACAUGGGAAAAGUUAGACUCCGGGCAAACACUGUCGGUGUCCUCCUACACUGUUGUUAGGAACAAAGCGUAUUUCUUCGACUGGUUCAAGUCGGAAAUGGGAGUGUUUGAUCCAGAGAAGAAUUCUUGGAGCUCCGUGUCUGUGCUUCCGAGCGAAAAAUGUGCUUUCAAGUACAGACUAGGGCAAUGGAACAAUAAGGUUAUCCUGUUUUCACGAGGAUGUGAGGCCUUAAGUGGUGACCUUGAUAAAGAGGACGCGGCCAAGUGGAUAGCCACACCGAUUAAACCAUCUGGUCUUCACCCCACCAGUGUUCUCAUCAACUUUUGA